AUGGGACACGGUGCUGACGGUAUUGGUGUUGAGUAUGAUGGGAGUGCUCAUGGAUCGUUGACUUCAGUACAUGAGACACAAGCGCCUGUUGAUAACAUCCUUGUCUCUCACCCAGAAGCCACUCAAGAGAAUGGCUUCCUGCUGCUCACUGACAAUCAGGAUCUUGCUUUCAAUGACAUGUUCAUGGCUGCUGACCCAUACUUGAGCAUCUUCGAAGAUAUACCUCUUCGAUCCCUGAUGUCCCCGACGCAGGACAAUUUUUUCGAAGAUCUGGUGACGGUACCCGGGCUUAAUCCUCUGGACUUCGUCAGCAACCCUUGCCCGGAUCCCUUCGAUGCUUCGUUUGACAUGGUCGAACCUGUCGAAGAUCAUGUAUCGAACCAAGCGCAGAGGCAACAGCAGCGACUGGCGACUGCUUACAACAAGCUCAACGAGUACUCUACGUGGCCAUAUCCCUCUAGGGCAGCAUCGCCCAGGUCUGCGGCUACUCAUGCCCAGUUUCUGGAGGAACUGGGCAACCUUGCGCCACUGGCAGACGACUCCCUCAUUAUGGACAUCUUCAUUGGCCUCUUCCAGACUUAUAUUACACCCACCUUUCCCUGCUUCCGAGGUUUCCGCAUUGACAGCUCCACGCGCGAGGAAGUAUCUCUAGCGAUGGCAGCUGCAGGAGGAUUGUACUGCCCUGCGCCGAAGUCUGAAUUGAUAGCCAAAUGGAUGCACCACUUCUCUCGUCGUAAACUCCUGACCGCCUUUUACGGGAACCAUUUCUUGGGGCAAACACAAACCGUGGACGUUUUGAAGGCCUGGAUCCUCACGGAAAUUUUUGCUUUUCUCUCCGGGGAUAAGAGGAGCGUGAGCUUGCUGGACACUUAUCAUGCCCACCUGAUUCAAGCUGUUCGGGCAUGCAGCAGCAGAGACACCGAGUCAGAUGCCGAUGGAAAUUCAUUGCGACAGGUCCUCCAUGCAGUCAAUCUUCUGGAAUGCUAUCGAGUCGUUCUCCUUCAGCGAGCGUCGAUGCUCUACCCUUUCUCCGUGCUACCUGGUCUGUCAACAUUCGACAUGAUUUCUGCUCGUGACCGUACUCCUUCGGGUCCGGACUCGAUGUUGUCCAUACUACGCUCUCUAGCUUCUCCAAGCGGUGUCCCUAAGCUUAUCGAUUGUCAGGCAGACAGCAUUCAAACCCUGUGCGCCUUGUCCCUCCUAUUGUCUCAUAGCCGUCGACUUCCCUCAUCACUGUCCAAGUAUCUCCAAGGCUCAAACAAUAAUCCCCACGGAGCUUUAGGAGCGUGGCGGCAAGAGUUUCUGGAAGUCGCAUUUCAGAGAUGGCUUUCUUUCCAUACGACCGAACCAUCGCCAGGGACGAUGAUGUUGUUUCAUACGAUGCACAUCAGUAUGUUCUCAAGUUUUGCAAACCUUGAAGGUUCAGCACGGGACAGUCUCACUCGGCCCAACGCCACAUCCCGCCAGCCAUCAACCUGUCUUCCAGCCAACAGUGCUAUCCCCGUCAACCUCAGUGCCCCCCAAGGGCAGCAACCACGUUUGCCAAAAAAUGGCUGCUUUACCUCAGACCUGGACCAGGAGAAGGCCAUUUGGCAUGCUCACAGAAUUCUGAAAAUAGCGAAAAGCAUGAGCGCGAGGUUGCCAUCGCACACUGGCAAGCGUGUGCAUUUAUUGAGAGAGGCUGCAGCAGCGGUUGAUGGGGAGCCAACACAUUACAGCCAUGCUGUAUACUAUGCUUCGAUGGUACUAUGGUAUUCGGGUCACUCGGACACUAGAUCUUUGUAUGAAGAGGCUACUGCCAUUUCUCUGGGCAUCGACCUCCUUGGUUCCUCGUCCUCACCAGUUGCGGCAGUGUUCAAGAAGACUCUGCGAGCACUUAUAUCACAAUCCGAACGUGGGAACGGCUGA